AUGAUUGCGGCUUCCUUGAAUAAAAGAAUUAAUCCUAUUGCUUUAAGGACUCCUUGUAACAGAUUAUCAUCUGUUAUAACUCGUUCUUUAGCAACAACUACAGAUGUUAACGAAAAUAAUGUCCAAAUCAAAUUGCAUGACUCUUCUUUUGAAGGUUAUAUGCUAGAUGUACCAGAUUUAGCUUUUAAUACAAAUAAGCAAACUUUAUUGCAAAUGUAUAAGGAUAUGGUCAUUGUUAGAAGAAUGGAAAUGGCUUGUGAUGCUUUGUACAAGGCAAAGAAAAUUAGAGGUUUCUGUCAUUUAUCUGUUGGACAAGAAGCUAUUGCUGUCGGUAUUGAAAAUGCCAUUACUCACAAAGAUUCUGUCAUUACAUCUUAUAGAUGUCAUGGUUUUACUUAUAUGCGUGGUGCUUCCGUAAAGGCUAUCUUAGCUGAAUUGAUGGGUAAAAGAUCUGGUGUUUCCUUUGGUAAAGGUGGUUCUAUGCACUUGUUUGCCCCAGGUUUCUAUGGUGGUAACGGUAUCGUUGGUGCCCAGGUUCCUUUAGGUGCGGGUUUAGCAUUUGCUCAUCAGUAUAAGAAUGAAGAUGCCUGUUCGUUUACAUUGUACGGUGAUGGUGCUUCUAACCAAGGUCAAGUCUUUGAAUCAUAUAACAUGGCUAAAUUAUGGAAUUUGCCUGUAGUCUUCGCUUGUGAAAACAACAAAUAUGGUAUGGGUACUGCUGCCUCUAGAUCAUCUGCUAUUACAGAUUAUUACAAGCGUGGUCAAUAUAUUCCAGGUUUGAAAGUAAACGGUAUGGAUAUCUUGGCUGUCUACCAAGCUUCUAAGUUUGCCAAAGAAUGGUGUAUUUCUGGUAAGGGACCAUUGGUUUUGGAAUACGAAACUUACAGAUAUGGUGGUCACUCGAUGUCUGAUCCAGGUACUACUUAUAGAACCAGAGAUGAAAUUCAACACAUGAGAUCUAAGAAUGAUCCAAUUGCAGGUUUGAAACUUCAUCUAUUGGAAUUGGGCAUUGCUACUGAAGCUGAAAUCAAGGCAUAUGAUAAAUCUGCAAGAAAAUAUGUUGAUGAACAAGUUGCUUUGGCUGACGCUGCCGCUCCUCCUGAGCCAAAGUUGUCUAUCUUAUUCGAAGAUGUUUACGUCAAAGGUACUGAAACUCCAACUUUAAGAGGUAGAAUCCCAGAAGAUACUUGGGACUUCCAAAAAAAUGAUUUCGCCAAUAGAACCUAA